CACAAUCUCUGACUUUUAUAACAUGCCUUUCCAAAUGCAGAAUAGGUGAUGUAUUUAAACAUUCUUUCUUUUACUUCCUCUAUCUGUUUAGGAUGUAUGAAGAAGGAGGUGGUCAGAUGACUUGCUAUUGCAUAAUUUUUCAAAAUUAAAAGCUUCCUGUGAUGUCAAGGCUACAAAAGGAUUCCACCAUUCCUAGUGUAGCCUCUACAUCACAGGAAGACCAGGAAAGUAGGACACUGAAAGUCACUUUGCUAAGUAGUGAGUGGAGAUCAUCAACUGAUGGGGACUUGUCAACUAUCAACCGAGAGCUGGCCAUCCAGUUAGCUAAACACCCUAAUGUGGAUGUUAGUAUCUUGCUUCCAAAUUGCAGUGGAGAGGACAGGAGCAGUGCUGAAAGUCAUAAUGUGAAGCUCAUUGAAGCAGAUAAAACUCCUGGUGUAGAGCCAGUUCUUUGCCUGUCAUCUCCUCCAAUAAACCAUACAAUGGACUGUGUCAUUAGUCAUGGAGUUCACCUUGGCCGACUAAUUCCACUCCUCAAGAAAAAUCCUAAUUACAGUCAUUGCAAAUGGAUUCAAGUUGUUCACUCUGCUCCUGAAGAAGAUGGAAUGUACAAAAACAUUUCAGAAGGUGAAAAAAUGCAAAAAACAGAAAUCCAACUCUGUAAAAUGGCUGACCAAGUUAUCACAAUUGGACCCAAGCUGGCAGAAGUUUACAAGCGUCACCUUUGUGGAGCUAAACAAGAAAAAAAAGUUUUUGACCUCACUCCAGGCAUUUUCUCUGAAUUUUUGGAAGUAGAGCAAGCCACUGAAGAAAGAGGAACAUUCUGUAUUCUUGUAAUUGGAAGUGGUGACAGCUGUGAAGAUUUCAAUGUCAAAGGGUGCGACAUAGCUGCCCAAGCAAUUGCUGAGUUGAAAGAUGAAUCCUACAAACUCAAGUUUGUCUGCCCAGCUGGAGGAAAAGGAAAUAUUGUGGCAGAAAAGUUGCUCCACCAUGGCAUUAGUCGUAGUCAGCUUAUUGUUCGCAGCUUUGAUGAUAGCAGAGAAGUGCUGGCUGACUUAUUCUGUGAAGUGGAUCUUGCAAUAAUGCCAUCCAGGACAGAAGGUUUCGGAAUAACAGCUCUGGAAGCGUUAUCUGCCGGUCUGCCUGUACUUGUCAGUGGUAAUUCUGGACUUGGAGAAGCUCUGAAGGAAGUGCCUUUUGGCUUACAGAGUGUGGUGAACUCUGAACAUCCUAAGGACUGGGCCAAACGAAUCCAGUAUGUCCGAUGGAGAAAGAGAGAAGUGAGACUUUUAGAGUCAAGUCUUCUUCGUGAAAAGUACUUGGAGCGGUAUAGCUGGGAGGAGCCUUGUAAGAGUCUUGUGAUAAAGAUGAGGAACCUUGUCUUUGGUGGGAGGGAACAAGUCAUCCAUAAUCUUCAAAAGUGGCAACAGGAUGCCGGUAGAUUUAAGAUCAGCAGCAACACAGACCGACUCUCAGACUUAAAGAAGAUUGCUUUGGAAAAGGACUAUAGAAUUUCUGACAAUGAAGGGUCAGGAAAUUGUAUGUUCUAUGCCUUGUCAGAGCAACUGGAGACUGUCAAAAGAGUAAAGAUCCAUCAUUUUGAAUUAAGACGUUCCUUAGUCCAGUAUCUAAGAGAGCACCCAAAAAAUGUGCAUGGAACAGAUCUGUUUCACUUUGUGGAUGGACAUGCAACAUGGGGUGGUUACUUAACAGACAUGGCACAAGAUGGCACUUGGGGUGAUCAUGUGAUUCUCUGGGCUGCAGCAAACUGUUAUCAAAUAGCCAUUCAUGUGAUUAGUAGUCUUCCAGGCCAUAGUGAAGUAAUUAUCAACCCAGAUUGUCCAUUUGACGAAAGCAAGCAUCUUGUGCUAGGACAUGUCCAUGAAGUACAUUAUGUCAGCCUUCAGCCCUUGCAAGGUUCUUCAAAAAUUAGGGCAACCUUAGCAAGGAAGGAUAAGCGAAAAGCAUCCAUCAGUGCAGAUCAGCCUUGCAAGCGACUCAUGGAAGAGUUGACUAAUCAUGACUACUAUGAAGAUAAUGCUAGGCAUUCCUUAAAUAAUCAUGGUCAGGAUCAUUUUCCAGGAGCCACCCCAACACACAGAGAACUUGUCAGUCAGAUAAGUGGUGCUCAGGACCAUGAACUUGCUGUGUUGAGAAGACUACUCAGUGCUGAGUACAACAGACGGUCUCUUUUGAAACCACUCUUUUGGAUGAACACCAUCAAGCUUGCCCUUGAGGAUGUCUAUACAAGAUUGUCAAUCGUUUCAAGGAGAAAAACAGACUUCUUGUUGGAAGGUAAUGAAGUGGACAUGUUUAACAUCUUCAGAACUCUCCAUAAAGGUGAGGAUGCCAUGGUUCUUGUAGAGGGAAGCCCUGGGAUUGGAAAGACAACUUUUUGCCUCAAAAUCUCUCAUGACUGGGCAAACGGAACAAUCCCAAAUGAAUCUUCUUUCCCAUUGUUUGAACUUUUGCUGUUGCUAAAAUGCAGAGACAUCCAUGGAGAUGUAAUGGAAGCUAUUGUUGAUCAGCUCCUCCCUAUAGAUAUGGACCAAAAUACUAAGAAAAAUGUAGUACAUUACAUCAAGGAUAUUCAUAACCAGGAAAGAAUUUUGAUCAUUUUGGAUGGCCUGGAUGAGCUUCCUAAAACAGCAGAAAGUUCUGUGGACAAGUUACUUCACAGGCGAAUUUUACCAUUUUGCUAUGUCUUGGCUACCUCUCGCCAAGAGAAGGGAAUUGAAGUGCGGCAGAAUGUGGACUUUGAUGUUCUUUUGCAAAUCAAAGGGUUCACGGAAGUGGAUUCGUAUGAUUACAUCAGGAAGCACUUCAGACAUUUGGGUCAUGAUUAUGAACCAAAGGGAGGAUGGCUUAUUAAGGCAAUUCAGGAUAAUUCUUACUUACAUGAACUUCCAAGCAAUCCAUUGAAUCUUCUUCUCCUCUGUGUCGUGUUUGAAGAGUAUGAAGGAAAUCUACCAUCUUGUCGCACUGACCUUUAUCAGAUAAUUGUCCUGUGCCUUUUGCGGAGAUAUUGUGCCAGGCACAAUGAUGAUGUAACUGCUGGUGCUGCUGGUGAUGCUGGUGCUGGUAGUGACAAAGCUCUGAUGAGGCACUUUGAAGACAGUUUGCUAGUUCUUGGAGAGUUAGCUUGGAGAUGCUUGGAAGAAGGUCGAUUUUCAUUUCGUGAAGAAGAGUUGGUAGAAUUUGAAUCUAAACACGAGAGUCUUGCAGCUCGCAAACUUGGUCUUGUGUUCAAGGAAGCCAGCUUAAGGAAGAUUAACCCACAGCAUGGGUAUUUCUUCUUUCACAAGACAUUUCAAGAGUAUCUGGCUGCAUUUUAUCUAGCAUAUAGGCUAUUGAAACAAAAGAUUGAUUUUUUUUCUGAGUUGAAUGUGUCCUUAAUCAAUGAUAUGAUGGUGAGGUACAGACAAGUGUUCAUCUUCAUGUCAGGUAUCCUGGGUGAGGAAGCUGGUCUUCUUUUUGAACAGAUUGGAAAGAAGCUUAAGGAUGUAAGCUGGGACUGGGACUGGAACAGGUGCAAGAAAGAAUGGGCCUCUUUCUUUCAUGAUUGUUUCAGUGAGAGUAGAAAUUAUGAAAAAGUGGCAAUGGCUCUUUGUUCCUUUAUUUCAUUUCCACAGACCAUAACUAUUGACUUAUCAAAAAUGGAUAGAUCAACAGAGUUGUUCGUUAUUUUGAACGCCUGCACAAGUUUUUCACAGUUACAGCUUCCUGUUCAUCUAGCAAUAAAAAGUUCGAAAAGUAUGGUUUUGGCUGAUGUAAAUAACGACCUACUAGCUGAUUUCGUGGCAUUCAACACAAGGUUACAAACACUUUCCUUUUCUGUUUUGGUUAUGACAGAGGAGAUUUCAACUCUUUUGUGUAGAGUACUCAGAGUGGACUCAACUGCAUAUUCCUUUACUCUUGAGGUUACUUGUUCCAAUAUUUCCUCAGUAGAAGUUGUUGCUAUCAGUGACAGCUUGGCUGCAAAUAAGACCUUGAAGACUGUAACUUUCAAACUGCCUUGUAAGAUUUUAGAGGAUUACGUUGCCAUUCUUGACAAGGGACUAUCUGCAGAUACACCACUGACUUCCAUUGUACUCAAGACUUUUGGUCCAUGGAUGGAAACUGAAGCAGAACUUUUAAGAAAGAUUUUAUUGAACAGAUCAGGUACAUCUCAAAGCCUUGCUGUUGGUGGAAAAAUGCAUGAUUCAUUAGCAACUUCUGUUAGUGAAGGACUUGUGGCAAAUUCUUCUCUGAAGUCCCUUGCACUAAUUUUUUGUGGAAAACUCAGCUACAGUGGUUUGAGUUUGUUAAAAGAAGGCUUUUUAGGAAACAGGUCUUUGGAGUCUCUGCAAUUAAAAGUGUUUGGUGAGCUUCCUACAAAUUGGGCAAAUAUUUGUGGGACUCUACAGUCUGCAAUAAAGUCAACCACAUCCUUUACAGUGUAUCCAGAUAUUACUGGCAUGGUUGGAAAUUCACAGGUAGCUUUCCUUUGCCCUGUCCUGAAAGAAAACAUUUCAGCUUCAAAACUACAUUCAGUAACUGUCAACAUUUGGGGAGAGUUAGAUUGCAGUGGAGCAACUGAUCUAUGUAAACUCCUCAUAGCUUCAUCGGCUUCAUGUGUCAAUUUGAAUAUGAACGGAAGAAUAACUGAUAGUGUUGCUGACUGUCUUUUUAGACAUUUUGACAAACUUGAUACUCUGUCUUACUUGAGUAUUGACAUUCAGGGUGAGGUGAUGGGAGACGGAAAGAACUCUCUUCAAAGGCUAUCGAGCAACCAGAUAUAUCUUUUUGCAUUUAAUGUUCAUUCCUUCAAUUCAGGCAACAAGAUUUGCAGAGAGUUUUGUUUAUCUACAGAUGAUUCUUCACCAAUUACACCGGUAUUUGCCAAAGUUAAGGAUGGUUGUGUAACAAAGCUUAAUGUGAGCAUAAACAACCCUGGCAGCAUCAGUGAAGACUGGAAAUGCAACCUCUUUGAGGGUUUGGCAAAAAAUGAGUGUGUAACUACAUUGAACCUUGUAUUCAAUAACAUUUACUUACUUGAAAACAUAGAUGCUCUGGGUGAUGGACUUGCUGAACUCUCAAAAAUAUUUAAACUCUGCAAACCACUUAAGUCAACAGAACAGGGUAAAGUCUUAGGUCUCUCUGACCCUUGGAGUGUACCAGUGAGGAUUACAAUCAAUCAACUUAACCUCACUCCAAAGCAGUUGGUGUCCAGUGUUGUUGGCGUGCUCUGA